GCAAGGGCGGCGCAAGACUUCCCCAGCGCGCAGUCAGCGCCGCGGCCCCCGAAAGCUGGCGACAGGCGCCGCUGUCCUCCCGCCCCGGGGGGUCGCCCCUGCCCUCUCGCACCCCGGGGCUGGGGGCGCCACCUUGCCAGCUCCGACUGCUGCAGGGAGCGCCAGGGGUGAGUGUGCGGAUCAGCGCUGAGCCCGGGAGUGCGCGUCACGCCCGCAGCUGGCGCGCAGGUGGGGAAGGGGCGUGGGGACGUGGGGAGUGGGAGGCUGGCCAGCGCCUGCUCUCGGCGGAAACGCUGGGAAGCCGGCGCCAAGUCCUUUCCCACACUACUUUGAUCUAACAGCGCAGGAAUUCAAGAAUUGCCCUUUCCGUUUUCUGCCCACAACCUCUGCUCCCUGGGGGCGAAGUUCCGUGGUGCUAGGCGGAGAUAGUGGUCAAGGCUGGGAGGAAGGGAGGGGUCCGACCCCGGCCCAAGGGCGAGGAGUGGCGGUCCAAGCCGGCGAGACCCCACUUAGGGCGCAGGCUCCAGGCGCUCCUACCUCGGGGAGCCGCUGGGGCGGAGAGAGACGGGGCACGGGCCAGAAUCCAGCAGUGGAAGGAGGGGAGAGUCUUCGAAUCCAUCUCUCGGUGGGAUCUUGGGAGGAUUCGCGGGGGGGACGGAGGAGUUUGGGGGAGAAUGAAUUGGACUAUGAGCCUUUCAUGAACUUCUCAAAAGAACAAGAACAUGAGGAGGCGAAAUGGUGAUGAAAACCCACAAUUCAAUCUACCACAAUAUGGUAUCCAUUUUUCAGCUAUAUUAAUCUUUUAAAACAAAGAAAAUGGAUUUCUUAAAUUCAUCUGAUCAAAACUUGACCUCAGAGGAACUGUUAAACAGAAUGCCAUCCAAAAUUCUGGUGUCCCUCACUCUCUCUGGGCUGGCACUGAUGACAACAACUAUCAACUCCCUUGUGAUCGCUGCAAUUAUUGUGACCCGGAAGCUGCACCAUCCAGCCAAUUAUUUAAUUUGUUCCCUUGCAGUCACAGAUUUUCUUGUGGCUGUCCUGGUGAUGCCCUUCAGCAUUGUGUAUAUUGUGAGAGAGAGCUGGAUUAUGGGGCAAGUGGUCUGUGACAUUUGGCUGAGUGUUGACAUCACCUGCUGCACGUGCUCCAUCUUGCAUCUCUCAGCUAUAGCUUUGGAUCGGUAUCGAGCAAUCACAGAUGCUGUUGAGUAUGCCAGGAAAAGGACUCCAAAGCAUGCUGGCAUUAUGAUUACAAUAGUUUGGAUUAUAUCUGUUUUUAUCUCUAUGCCUCCUCUAUUCUGGAGGCACCAAGGAACUAGCAGAGAUGAUGAAUGCAUCAUCAAGCACGACCACAUUGUUUCCACCAUUUACUCAACAUUUGGAGCUUUCUACAUCCCACUGGCAUUGAUUUUGAUCCUUUACUACAAAAUAUAUAGAGCAGCAAAGACGUUAUACCACAAGAGACAAGCAAGUAGGAUUGCAAAGGAGGAGGUGAAUGGCCAAGUCCUUUUGGAGAGUGGUGAGAAAAGCACUAAAUCGGUUUCCACACCCUAUGUACUAGAAAAGUCUUUAUCUGACCCAUCAACAGACUUUGAUAAAAUUCAUAGCACAGUGAGAAGUCUCAGGUCUGAAUUCAAGCAUGAGAGAUCUUGGAGAAGGCAAAAGAUCUCAGGUACAAGAGAACGGAAAGCAGCCACUACCCUGGGAUUAAUCUUGGGUGCAUUUGUAAUAUGUUGGCUUCCUUUUUUUGUAAAAGAAUUAGUUGUUAAUGUCUGUGAAAAAUGUAAAAUUUCUGAAGAAAUGUCCAAUUUUUUGGCAUGGCUUGGAUAUCUCAAUUCCCUUAUAAAUCCACUGAUUUACACAAUCUUUAAUGAAGACUUCAAGAAAGCAUUCCAAAAACUUGUGCGAUGUCGAUGUUAGUUUUAAAAAUGUUUAUUAUUGAAGGAUGGGGGUUUUUGAGGGGAGGAGUAACUAGAUGAAUGCCAAAUAAUAAAACACUUAAGCUUUUAGAGGGAAAUACGUGAAAACUGCUAAAUUGAUAAGGCUAUAAUUUAUAUUUUAAUAGCAAUGUGAAUAUAAAAUGUAUUGAUCACCAUUAUUCUAGGGUACUCAAAAUUAGAAAAUAAUUUAUGUAGGUUAUAAACAAUAUUUUGCCUAUGCAAUGUUCUUAAAAAGCUAACUGAAAAAAAUAAUAUAUAUAUACAAUAUUAAUGACAGUGAUUUUCCAUGUUUAUGUCUUAAAAUAAUUAUAGAGGAGUUUUCAAUUAACGACAUACCUCCCUCCAUAAUUUCUAUCUAGUCCUAUUGUUUUAUAAUAUAAUUCUAUUAUUUUGUAGAAGAAAAUAUAAUUCACCACAAAGUACACAUUUCUCCUGUCUCCAUUCUCGUCCCUUCUCCAUCUUACCCUGAGCAAAAGGGAUGGGGAAGGAGCAACUCCUACUUAGUGUGACUGGAGAAAAUGUAAAAAAGUCAGAGCUUGAAAUUGUCCUUGUGUUUAGGUAGUAAAGAGUAAUCACAAAGUGGGUUAGGUACAGCAAAAUAAUUCAAUACUGAACUUGUGCGUAUUUAAUAUAUUAUGUUUGUUUGAUAUAAACUUCUAGAAUAACAUUAUCUUAUCCAUCUAUUAUCAGCAUUUGAAAUCAAAGCCUUACCUUAGUAACAAUAACUCAACAAAGGGGCAUGGGUGACGUUGUUAUAAUUGCUCCUUGUUUACUUAGGAAUCAAAUUUAAAGCACUAAAUAUCAUAGAUUACUCACCACAGCUAUUAUACUCUUAACAACUUUUUAAAAGUCUAAAAUGUAUUUCAUUUCUGUUAAUGUUAAUAAGCUCAGUUACUAACUAAAUUGUCUGUGGUACUUUGCACUUCAGUAUUUUCCAUACCUUUGAUUUGAACGUUAUUUCCCAUUUACUAGACAGAAUGUAAUGGAAACUUUUAGAACUUUCCCUUGACUUUAAGAUAUUUCUACUUUUCCAAUUGGUAGAAAUGAACAGGCAAAAAGACUCAUAUUACACUAAUUAAUAAAUGUACACACGUAUAUAUUUUUGUAAUUAGUCACUCUACUAGUUCAGUGAGCCAAAGCAAUUCCGUAAGUUUUUCUUCCAUAUUUAUAUAAGGAUUUGAAAACAAUAGAACCAUGAGUUUAAGAGGAUUUUAUUUUAUUUGAACCAGUGAGGUCAUAGACUACCUUUGGGAAGACAUAUCAUCAACCAAGAUCAUUUGAAAAACAAUAUAUACCUUUUUUUAAGUUGUACCUUUCUGUGCAUUGUAAAUAUUCCUUCCUGAUGGUGUGCUUAAGAGUACAUUACAUCAAUUUUAUGUAUAUAUAGAUCUGUGACAAAUUACUCUCAAUCUAACAAACAUUUACAGAGUUCCCAUUUUAUACAAGGCAUUGAGACAUAUACUAGAUAGAAGAUAUAGGAAAUAAUAAAAUACAGUUUUUUUUUCCUGAAUAUGUUUACAUUCUAAAAGGAGAAACAAGAAAAGUUAAAACUGUAAUAGAAAAGAGCAAACUAAAAUCUGGCAUGGAAGUUGUUUACACGGUUAUGAUGGUGCAGAGGAAAAAUUGAUCGCAUCUUGUUUAGAAAAAUCAGAAAUAUUUCACAAAGAAUGUAUCUAGAACACACGUCAAAUACACAGCACUGGGGCAAGAAAAAUGGAAGAGUACUCUCCAGGUUGUGACAACAUCAGGAUACAAACUGCACCAUGCAAGUAUUUGGUGGGGCAUGUUCAUGAAAUAGCAAUGAGUUUGGCAACUAUUUAGAGCAAUAAGAGGAAAAGGAGAUUAAAAGAAACAUUGGGCAUUUUUGUGGCUGACUUUGAACGUCAAAAAAAAAGUCUACAGUCAAUUUUAUUGCUAAGGAUGAGUAAUCACUGAUACUUUUAGCAAAAAUAUUACAAGUUUAGAGCGAAUCUAAACAAAAAAGAAA